UAUUUAAUUAGGAAAUUGGCAGGAAAAAGAAAAAGUUAGAAAUGGCGUUCAGACACCAUUAUCACUAUCAAAACGAGGAACAGUAAAAAAAGACGGAAGCUUUAAAACAAAAGCUAAAUUCGAGGAGACAAACAACAAAACUCCAACACCAUUUUUUCCCUUCAUUUAUUUAAACCUCUUCCUAUUCGACCAUCAAACUCUCUUCUCUAAUUCCUUUGUUACCACUUUAUAUUCUUUCAUCUCUUCAUUCUUUUAAAAUCAGUGCUUGCUGAUUUUUUUUUAUUGAUCUUCUACCCCUUGUAACUGGAUCCGACCCGACCUGGAUUGUCCCUUGUGUUCUUUUUCUGCUUUCUCAGCAGGGAGAUCCCAUUCUGGGGACAAAGAAGAACACAAAAGAUCAAAGGGUUCUGCAAUUAAGCAGUCUUAAUGGGGAGUUGUGUAUCAGCACCUGCUGAAAGAAUCAAGAAUUUGAGAAGGCCCCGUCAUCGGUUCCGAAAACACCGUGGGAAGGUUUCCCGUUCCAUCACAGAUGGAACCAAGAAAAGAAAUAGUGAUGCUCGUGUCACAGAUAUAGCUGUUAGUGAAUAUUUACAUAUGGAGAAUGGUGCAACCACUACUCGUAGAAGAUCGGAGGUUUCAAGCUCAACAUUCAAUUUCACUCAAUUUCAGUGGCAUCUUAGUCAAAUUGAUACAAAUGCUUGCCAAGAGGAUCUUUGGUUUGAUUCAGUUAGUAUUCUUGAAUCUGAUUCGGACGACGAUUUCCUCAGCAUUCAUGGAGAUGGUUUUCCAUCAGUGAGCAAUGCGAUUGGGAAUAUAUCAAGUGGGCAGCUGCUUCAGUAUGAAAGUUCAACGUGCUUCAUGGAUGGCAAGUGCAAAAACGAAGAAUACCAUGAAGGUUAUUUAAAGACAGAUGGAGGUAAAAUGAGCAAAGAUGAACCUAAAGAAACAGAUCGGUUGUCUCACAUUAGUAACCAGGGUAAUGAGCUUUCGCGCUUCGGAAAGGCGGAUGAAAUGGGUAAUAGGAAGAAGAAACUAUUAGGUCAUCCUUACGGAAGCUUUAAAGGUCUGAAGGAGGAUAGGCGUAAUUCUGAAGAGAAAAACUUAAGACCCGGAUUAUCAAGAAUGAUUCCUUCUGUGAGUUUCAAUGAGAAGAUUUUGACAUCUGGUUUGGCUCCACAAUCCCAAAGAAGGAAAUCAACAGUUUUUAGACUUUCUUUUAAGAGGAGAUCAUAUGAUGCAGAAGACAAACUUGAGGACUGUGCAUCAAAACGAUUUUUAUAUCGUCCCAAAGCUGGAUAUAUAAUUCCAUGUAGCAAGGAUGAGAAGGCGAGUCAAGGAUGUUGGUCCGAUAUUCCACCAUCAACUUUUAAACUUCGAGGCGAGACUUAUUUCAAAGAUAAACGGAAAUGUCCGGCACGACAUUUCUCCCCUUAUACGCCAAUAGGCGUUGACUUGUUUAUCUGCCCGACAAAGAUAAAUCACAUUGCCCAACAUAUUGAGCUUCCUAAUGUAAAAGCAAAUGGGAAAGUGCCCCCUCUUCUAAUUGUUAAUAUUCAGUUGCCUACUUAUCCCGCUGCAAUGUUCCUUGGCGAUAGUGAUGGUGAAGGAAUGAGUCUUGUUCUCUAUUUCAAAGUUUCUGAGAAUUUUGACGGGCUCAUCUCGCCUCAAUAUCAGGAGAGCAUCAAGAAAUUGGUCGAUGAUGAGAUGGAAAAGGUUAGAGGGUUUGCGAAAGACUCUACCAUUCCCUUCAGAGAAAGGUUAAAGAUCAUGGCUGGGUUGGUUAAUCCUGAUGACCUCAAUUUGAGUUCUACUGAAAAGAAACUCGUAAAUGCUUAUAAUGAAAAGCCAGUUCUCUCACGCCCGCAGCACAACUUUUACAAGGGUUCAAAUUACUUUGAGAUUGAUUUGGACAUUCAUCGCUUCAGUUAUAUAUCAAGAAAGGGGCUUGAGUCGUUUCGAGAUCGAUUGAAGAAUGGAAUUCUUGAUCUGGGUUUAACCAUCCAGGCACAAAAACAAGAGGAACUUCCGGAGCAAGUGUUGUGCUGUUUGAGACUGAACAAGAUCGUCUUUUCUGAUCAUGGCCAAAUACCAACACUUCGAACAGCUUCUGAUGCCUGAAAAGGUUGUUGUGGUUGAGGUGGAGGAUACUGACUCUUGUAAAAUUUAGAAACUCUUGUAUGGAGGAUCAAUUUCGUUUGUGGAAGCUCAGUUGUUACAGUACCAGCUUUACUGCAAAUAUAUUUCAUAAAAUGUUUGAUUUCUCGUUAA